UUCACUGCCUCAGGCACUUGCCUCUGCACUCUGCUGGAGCGUAACGCACAGCGCAGAGCUGAGGAGCGCAUCCAGCCGCUCUGCACACACACUGUAGGAGCUGCGCUGGGAGAGGAAGCGGAGGAAGAUGUCCGUGGCAGCGAAGAAAGCAAUAAGCGCAAAAGCCGAGUCCAGAAAAUGCGCUGGACGUCUCUGGAGGUUUUUUCCUCACCUGCUGCUGUGUCUGUCUCUGGUCGCCUACGCUGCGCUGGGUGCGCUCAUCUUCCAGUACAUAGAAGGAGGCAGCGAGUCCAGCACCCAGCAGGAGUACCAUAGGUUCCUGGGUCAGAUUGUCAGCAUCGUGAAGAACCUCACCGAUAACGCUUCUUCCACUGAUCAGUACAUUCUGGAGCAGGUAGAAACUAAGAUGAAAGAUGACUUCAAGUCCAUAUGGCUCCAGAGACCUGACAGAUGGAACUUCUUUGGCUCCAUGUUCUUCUGCUGCACUGUAUUCACCACAGUUGGGUAUGGGGAGAUCUAUCCAGUUACCCUGCCUGGUAAGGUGGUAUGCGUUUUAUAUGCCAUGGUGGGCAUCCCUCUUAUGCUCCUGGUCAUCCUCGAUGUGGGAGACUUCCUUGCCAUGCUAAUGUCCAGAGCCUACGUACACAUUCACAGUUGCUGCAAAAUGCUCUUCUGCCACACCUGGUCACCACUGAAGUCUCGUAAGAGCGCAACGGAGGCCAAGAACUGGACCAUGGAUGACGGUACCUUCGUUUUUAGCCACGACGUUGUGAUCCGUGAACCCCUUGACAUCCGGCAGGUGCUGCGCAGCCAGGAAGACGUGCGACACAAGUCAAUCCAGCUCCAAAACAACAAAGAGAUCUUCGAGAAGAUCCUCGCCAGAGACAAUUUACUCAGAAAGAGCCCACUGCUCAGGACCCUCUCUUGUCCAGAGCUGAACCGACUGCCACCACCACCCAAAGGAUAUGUCAUAUGGGACUUUUCAGGGUUAGGGGAUGGGAUGGAAAUGCUGGAUGUACCCUUUGUGCUAAUUCUUUUAAUUGUGUUUGCCUACAUUUUCUUUGUAGGUUUUAUCCUGCCGAUAUGGGAAACUGAAUUCAAGGGCUUUGACCCCUACUACUUUGUCUUCAUCACUCUCACCACCAUAGGUUUUGGCGACAUUGUACCCAAUCACCCCAAAUACUUUAUGGUUACCUCCCUCUUCCUCAUUGCCGGGAUGGCCAUCAUGUCCAUGGCUUUUAAGCUGGGCCAAACACGAAUCGUAAGCUGCUACCGCCAGUGCAUCAAGUUCAUCAGCAGGGGAAAUGUGAAGACUUUCAGAAAUAAAGAGAAUGACUGAGUCAUCAUCAGAAUAUCUGCCUCGUGUCCACGAGUAGUACAGGCUCACAGUGCUGGCUUUGAAACUAAAUGGGACUCUGUUCGAAGGUGUGCAGUGAAUGAAUUUGUUGUAUUGGUUGUUUGACUUUAAGCAUGAGCAAAAUCUAAAAUGUGCAUGUGCCAAAUGCUUUUGCCCAGUGAAGGAGGGUGAUAUUCAAUAGGAUUCCAAUGAGAGAAUCCUCAAACUCUGAAUACUGUAUCUACACAGAAACAGCAUCAUGCCAAGGAAUCAGUUUAGUUGCGCUGGAGUAGUAAAAACUGUUAAAACUGCUAUGACACAAUAGUGUUUGCUUAGCAGUCAGAAACCUUGAACACUGUGCUGGGAAAUUUUUAAAAAUGCAGUUUCAGUUCAGUUUUCUGUGUUCUUUUAAAAUCCACUUUAUAACAUGAUGUCACAUUAACUUGGCUCCCCACAGAGACAGGAAGUGCUACAUUUUCUAAACUGUACCUUUGAGUAAAUGCACAGAGGUCGGCAAUGAUGCAUUUACUACACUGACUAAAAAACGUAAAGAUAAAAGAUAAAAAACCUUUUUUAACUAAGUGGUCAAUACUAGAAGUGCCUGAUACAAGUGACAAAAAAGUAUGUGGAGUUGGAAGGCCGACCUUCAUAUAUGUAUUAUGGGAUACUUUUAUGGGUCAGCCCUGAAAAACAAUGAUUUGCCCUAGUAUAGUUGGGAUGCAAUGAAAGCAUGACUUACUGAUUUUUUAGAUGUUCUCCUAUCAACUUUUGAAAAAAUGACUGAACUGUGAAUUGUUUUCCAAAAGAUAGGUGUGUCAUGUAUCAGACUCAGGUCUCUUGUGGCAGGUUCAUUAUUUGCAGAGAAGGGUCUGUCUCUCCAAGACAAUGAUUUCAGUUUGGUUGUUCUUAGUAAUCUUAGUAACAGUAUUUAAACUUAUUUUAAGUGGGUUAACAAUCCAGACUCGUGAUUGUCAGUGACAGAUCGUCUAGAUCACAGCACAUGCUCAGUGAUCAGCUGACAUCUAUAUCUUCGGCAAAGAUAGUUAACAAUUUACUUUACAGUGAUUAGGUUUGUUAGUGGUUCGGGUUGCCAACUGUUACACAUCCACCAAGUCAGCAGGGGUUCUAAAUAUAUAAACAGCCUCAAACAACAAGAAAUGAAUGUUUACAAAGGUUUGAACAUAAAACUGCAUUUAUGGUUAAUGAAUGAGCUUCUCAUUGUGUUUAUAGUAGAGGAGGCUAUCAGGAUUGUGUUGAGCAGCUUAUACUUAAAUUAGAUUUCUUCCAACAAAGUAAUAUUUUGCUUUUAUGUGUACAUAAAGUAUAUGAUGUCAUAUUCAUAUUGCACACCGCUGUCUUGUUAUAUUUCUCUGUAAACUAUACAGUUUUGUAGAGUGGACCUGAGAGGGCAACAAACUGUAGCAUAAAACAUAAAAAACACAAAACAUAAAAAAAUAUAUACAAAAGCACAUUCACAGCAUUUAGAGGAAAAGCCAAAAAGAUCUGCACCAGAAUUAUACAAACAUAAAAUAGACAUAAUUCACAUAUCAUAAACAUAAUUCAUAUAUUGAACCCCUCUUUUGGUCACUUGGGGGCAGUGGAAGCAAAUCUGUUAACAUAACAGUGAUGAUAUAGAUGUGCUCUAAUAGCUGCUGAUAGCACAACUCAGUGUAGCGCAGUGAACAGUUGCACAGUGAGAACAGUGAGGGUGAAACCAAACGUUUGAGUUGUUCAUACAUGUACAGAUUUAAAUAAUGGUCCUUGAGAGGCUGUGGUGACCUCAGAGUAGUUUCUCAAUAUGUUAUGGUUAUCUAAAUACCUCGUAAGUAACUAAUUCGACAAAUAUUAAAAUGAUAGUAUGUAUAGAGUGGAAAUAGGCAACAGACAAAAAGCAGGGGCAUCCUUAUCAGGCCUGCAAACUGGAGCUUAAAUUGAGGAGAAUGGAGGAUAUGUGGCCAACUAGGCCCCUGAGAGCAGGGCCAAACUUUGCAUUGUGAUGCAACACUUUUCUUGAGUCCCCACAUUCAAUAUGCCACACAAAGCAGAAGUAUGAGGACAUGCACAUAGCAUUAUAUUUCAAAGUACACAUGAUCAUAUACAUGAUGAACACGUGUUGUACUCUUUUGUGAGUGACACAUAAUAUUCUCUAAAAUCAGACUUUUUUUGUUUUUGCAACUGUGUGGCCUAUGGGCUGUUACUGAGCAUGUCUCCAAAUCUUGGUAUCAUGUGAAAAGAUCUGUCUGAUUUUAAUAAAAGUCAUUUAAAUCUCUUG